AAUCUCUUUCCGGUUUUUCACAGCUCAUCAUUUCCCCGCCAUUUUGCGGGACGCGUCUUUUCGUGUGUUGUAUGGUGAGGGUUCGCUGAUUUAUCAGUUGUGUGCGAAUUCCUGUCGAAGUGUUUUGUGUGACCGGCAUUCUUAGCGAAGAGCAAUAAUACUGCUAUGAUUAAAGCAGAGGAGGUGCAAAUGCAAAACAGUAACGAAGACAGAGACCGAAGCAGAGAACGCGAUCGUAACCGUAGAUCUGACAGACAACCGCGAAUGAAUUCAACCAGUCGCGAUCGUAGCCGCGAGCGGAACGAUCGAGGUGCCGGAAGAAAGGUAUCCGACCGACGAAUCUACGUAUCCAAUAUUCCCUACGAUUUUCGAUGGCAGGACUUGAAAGAUCUCUUCCGAAACGAAGUUGGAAAAGUUGCUCACGUCGAGUUAUUUAUGGACGAAAAUGACAAGCCAAGAGGAUGUGGCAUCGUUGAAUUUGAAGACGCAGACUCGGUGAAAAUAGCCGUUGAUAAAAUGCAUCGAUUUGAUAUCAAAGGAAGAAAGCUGGUCGUUAAAGAGGAUUACGACGUCGAGCGAGACAAGUAUGGAAGGCUAGCGUCGACGCGCAAUAAUGAUCGACCACGAGAAGACAGAUUUAGAGAUCCUCCACGAUCCAGUGGUGGUCGGCAAAAUAUGCAAACUCCAGUCGGAGGUGGUGGUGGAGGUGGUGGCGGUGAUAAUAAAUUUGGAAAUACGUAUGGCCUCAGUACUCAGUUCUUAGAGUCCUUGGGAAUUUCUGGUCCUCUGGUAACCAGAGUUUUUGUUGCAAAUCUGGAUUACAAAGUUGACGAGAAAAAACUACUUGAAGUUUUCAAAUUAGCCGGUAAAGUACUUCACGUCGAGCUUGGCAAGGAUAAAGAUGGAAAAUCUAGAGGUUUUGGGGUUGUGGAGUAUGAUCAUCCCGUUGAAUCAGUCCAAGCCAUAUCGAUGCUCCAUAAUCAACAGCUAUUUGACCGUCGAAUGACUGUGCGGCUUGACCGUGCCAAUGAGCCCGACAUGCCUCCUAAACUUCCUGAAGGUUUGAAAGGUAUUGGUAUGGGUCUUGGUGCUGGUGGAAAUCGAUUGAUGGAUGUAGCUAGGAACAUUCCCAGUGUGCAACCAAACAACCCUCCAGCAGUUAACCCUAUCUCAACCCCAGUCCUUGCCACCGGAGCAUUUGGCAGUGGGCUAAAUAAUGUUGUACCUGCACAACUAGCAUCUGCACUUUCAAAUUCGAAUGCGGCAGCACUUCAAGCCAGCUUAGCUGGUGGUCUGGGUGGCAAUUUAACCACAAGUUCGUUAUUGAAUUCAUCCCUUACAAAUGAAUUGGCAUCAAAUCUCAACAACUUUGGAGGUGGAGUCGGAGGACUUUCCAAUUUUCAAGCUUCUCUUGCCAAUGCUCAAAGCAACCUAGGCGCCUUUGCGCCCAGAGGGAUGGGAAAAUUAGACAACGAAGUAGGAUUUGGUGGAAGUAACAGUUUUGGUGGUUCGAAUUUUGGUGGAAGGGAUUUCGAUGGGAAUUUUAGGGGUGACAAUGAUCGUAUGUCCGGAGGAUCAGCGGCAUUUUCCACAAAUCAAAACCAAAGUGUAGGUGGAAACCGACAAAAUACCAAUGGCGGAAGAUCAUCUGAUACAAUUCUAAUUGGUAAUUUACCACCAAGUACCACAUGGCAGAUGUUGCGCGAUAAAUUUCAAGAUGUCGGUGAAGUGAAAUUUGCUGAGAUGCGAGGCUCUGACAUGGGAUUGGUCCGAUUUGCUUCCGAAUGGGAAGCUGAACGAGCUGUCGCAAUGAUGGACCGAUCACGCAUUGAUGGUAGGAACAUUGACGUUCGCCUCUACUAAUGCCUCGCCCCCAAGGAAAAAAUCGAUUCCUGUACAGAAGUCGGGGACACGAAGGAACAAAAAGGUAGGUUUCUAGAGAAGGAAUGUGUCUUUAAAAAUAUUGUUUCAUUUUCAGGAAUCACGUACUGUAACUUGAAGAAUCGAUCCAGUACAGUAAUAUAAUACGUGGAACGGAAUAUGAUCUAUAGUUGGAAAAUAACUUAAAAAUGUAUCCAGAGUAUUUCAGAGGUGUGUGUGUGUGAGUAUGUGUGAAAAAAUAAAGGAAACCCGUUAUACUUCUCUUAA